AAAAUACAGAACGAUUCCUUCCCAAAGGGCAACACUAAAACUCCCGGGAAAGAUGAUGGACCUUUCCUUGUUAUGAGUGCUUUUGUGCUUCUCGCCAUUCUCGGGAUCAUAGCUGAGAUUAUUCUCAAUCUCUCCGUUGUCACUUUGAUGGCUCCUGCUGCGAAGCAGGGGGUCUUUGUCAUGAACGAUUCGGUGGAUAUGAUCGGGAAGGAAAAGGCGAUGUGGGUGGACUGGUAUGCCAGGGGAGGUGCUGGGAACAAGGAGCAAAGUGAUGAAAGCAAGCGGUGAAGCGGUGGGAUAACUUUUCCUCGAUCUGAUCGAUGGCGGCUGAAAGUAUUAUUGAAAUCAAUCCUCUGAUUCUGCAAACCUUUUGCCCUUUGCAACUUCUGAAAGACUCAGAUUCUGAGCGGGAAGUAAUCAUUCUUUCUCUGCUCUGUACCCUCGGAACUUCACAAGCACCUACGUUUCGUCAACAACCCGCAAGACCUUCCUUUCGAAGAUCUCCACCUCAAUUUCUGUCCAGAAAGCGCCCUCUUUCAAGACAAGCCUUCUCGACCAUGAGCCUCAGGAAGGAGGUCUCGAAGGACGUUGUGCAGCAAGCAUCGACCAAGAGGAAAAUUUCCUGGCUCGUCAGAGCGAAAGCCGUUCUUGUUGUAGGUGGAAUAGGAUGCGGAGGAGGAGUGGCAGGAGGCAUCCUGGGAGGAUUCUCUGUCUGGGAAUACAAAGUUGCUCCGAAGGUACGUGAACUUAAGAAUAGGCACACUUGCGCGAAGCCCACGAACUCGACCCUUCUUCGCGAACCUGACGUCAAAUCAUCUCCUUCCAAACCGCACCACUGGUUCCACAUUGUUCCACGCCCAUACUUCGAACUUCUCUACCACAGCCUCCCGGAAGAGCGGUGAAGCGGGAGGGCUAUGCAGUGGGCGUAUGAGCAAUACGAGGAGGACCCGAACAGGUUCUACACGAACUCAAGGCGGAUAUCGAUGAGACGGCCAAGGAAUUGAUUCAAGAGAAGGAGCUGGGUAGGAACAUGAAGCGGCAAUUCAAAGAAUUCCAGAAGAACCCAAAAGAGUUUGACGAUGAUCAUUGGGAGGAG